AUGCACCUGGACUCUCGGUUCAACCGGAAGCACCGCGUUAGACAGAAAAAACUGCUAAUUAAGAAGAAAAUACAACAUCUAUAUUGGUUGGUUGGAAAACAUUCCGAACUAGACUUCACAAGCAAACGCCUCUUGAACGUAAUGAUAAUUAAACCAAUAUGGACAUAUGGAAUUCAACUGCGGGGUUGUACCAGCAAGUCCAAUGUUGAGAUUAUACAACGUUGUCAGAACAUCGCUUUCCGUACCAUUGUCACAGUUUACCGGUAUUACAGAAACGACAUUAUCCAUCGAGAUAUGGUGAUCACCUUCGUCCAGGAUAAGAUUACCAAGUUUGCCGGCAAACAUGAGAAAAGACUGGAUUAA